UGAUUCUUUCUCGUCCACUUUGCAUGGACAACAAUUGGGUACCCAGGUUGCCCUGCAAUUCACGCAAUUUUCUCAGCAGCUACGUCAGACGCAGAAGGCACUCCACGAAUUUUUCAUGAGUGGGUUUUUGCGUGAUCCGAUCGACGAUUUGGCCAAAGAUAAAGCCAAGAAUGAGAAGUUAAGCUCUUCAGGGGUCUCCACAGUUGUUGUAAAUUCAUCUUGUUAGUUCACACCAACAGUCAUAAAUGAGUUGACUCAUCUUCACAGGAAAUGCGUCAUCUUCACAGUUGUAUAUUUCAUCUUCAUCUUUACACUAUGUAUCAGUGAUUCAUCUUCUCUCAGGUUCCUUUCUUCUUGCAUUCAUCUGAGAACAAUAUUACUUGUGUCGGUUGACGUAAGUAGAUGUGGAGCAAGAUGAACUACAUGAAUUAAAUAGUUAUUUGAGCUCUACCUCUUUCUAAGUAAGGACGAGGACCUCAAGAAAGCACCACGACCGGUUGAGCACGAAUACAGAAAAAUUGCAGGUGUCAUGUUCGGUGGGGAACUGACACUUUCAGCAAAGAACGUCCGACCAGAACUAUUCUUUCCACUUAAGGACGAUACAACACAAUUUUUUACUACAACUAAUUAACAGGAGCUUACUGUUUAUUUUAUGUUUCGUAGUUCCUACUUCUAACACGACUAGUGCUGCUCCUGCCGCUGCCACCUCGCCAUCUGCUCCAGCACAACUGAAUUGGCAAGGUUUAGUCACGACUUCGAGACAGAUGAUAUUGGUCACGAACACUGAGGCAAAUCGAUUCGCAGAGCUCAUUCGAGUUUCGCAAAAAGGAAAAGCAACUGUAGAAGAAUGCAUAGACGCGCACGAGGCAUAUAAUUAAGGCCAAUACAUAUACAGCUUUACUUUCAUCUACUUGACUGAGUGAGAAAAUCACUCGCUAGUACCUGUACAUGUGUACUAGUACUUGCACUUCUUGGUACUAGAAGUACAAGCGUCCAAGGCGUUUUUGAGUGAAGAUUAUUGUUCAACCUCCACCGAAUUAUAGAAUUAGGCUAUUAGACGGCCAAGAAAGGAUGAAGAUACGAAGAAGAACACGAAUCCUUCUGCUUCUAAGUCAACCCUGACUCGAUGACCACCAGGCGUAAUGUUUGGGUCAUCGAUCAGUCUCAGGUGAUUGCCGGAACCCACUGUUGGCGUAACUCUUUCCGUAUCUUUCGCCCGUACAUGACAACCCUCGAUAGUGGAGAUCAGGCUACAACAGGUACCACCUAAAGUUAUAUGAGAUUUUGACGCUCUCCUCUAGUACUCGUUCUUUUUCCACUUGUUUUUGUGAAGAGAUGCAGUAGAGAGAUAGAUGACCUCCAGAUAACGUCAUCCUUUUCCUCUUCAUUCUCCUCGUUUUUUUUUUGACUUUGCAAGUCUCUACAGGUGGAGGAGACGGUACUACCGGAACAGCAUUAGGAGGUUUCGCAAGUGAAGUAGGUGCUGAGGCACUACUGUUGCGUACUCCAGACUCACCGGCAAGCCCCUAUGAGGUCGCCAUGGCGGAAAGGGUGCUGUUUGGUUACCGUUUGCAUGCUUCUGAUGUUAAGGCGUAUAGUACAAACAGAAUGUUGUCUAUGGGGCUUGAUCAUUCCCUAACUAGUCUAAAGAUACGGGGUAUCGGGACGGUAUCCUAGUAUACCUAUUUUUAAAACGAAACCGUAUACAAUCAAAGACAAAUUGAAACCGGGGACGAUACUCCUCUUUUUUGGGGGUUCUAUAGGCGACAGAUCCCUCAACCAGUUGUAUCUAUUACAACAAGGCAUUUCUUCCUACAAGUAGACAUUUGAGGGAAGACCCUCACUCACAUGGAUCUUCAACUAGUAAUCCCAAGGGUGGAUAUCAUUAUCAACGCAGGGUCGUGAGAAGAUAAUAUCGAUAUCUUACUUGAGGGAAGAUCCUCACGCUAAUGAUUGCGCAGAGACCUGGGUGCGUGGGGAAAGGCAAUUCAUGCCGAGUAGCGACCUGCUUGCGCUGGUGAAUGAUCAAAGACGUGCUGACUUGCUUUCCGAAAUGGUCUUCUUGAUUAAGGCGAUAGUGAUAGUUGAAUAACUAAGAACUUCUAAGAAUCAGUAUCAGGUGCGUGCUGGGAUAGGUAGAAUAAUCAAAUCCAGCAAAACGACUUCUGGCUCCUGCGAGUGAGUUUGUAUAUAUUUAUAAAUAUCAAUAUUUCUUCUCAAAAAGGGCACGCACUUUUUGCACAAGAACAUCGUUCACUGGUGAGAAGUCUCGAAGAAUGGCAAUUGCUUUGAUAGUUUUCUAAUUGAUUUGAGAAUCUGAGCUAAUCCUAUUUUUUAAUAGAUACGUUUGCAGCAAUUGCUUUGAUAGUCUUCUAAUCUGAAGCGUGGGGCAACGUUCUUUACAGAAGACAUGUUCCAAAAUCUAGAUGUCACAUCUGAAACGGAUUACAAGCUAGUUGUUAUCCAGCCUCGCCCUUCAGGAGAAGAGGGCAAGGAGCCGGAGCCCUUGAAGCCCUGGAAUGAAGAUGCGGAAAAGACCAAAGAGCAUCUCAAGGAUACCUAUGGUAUAAUCGCG